ACUUAGUGUAUCACUAAUUUCAGACAACCAACACAUCGCAGUGUUGCGCUUCGUAACAGAAUUUUUUUUGUUUACAACUUGAACGAAAGCCAAAUAAUUCGGUUUUAAGCCAUGGUUUAUAUCACAUUUCCCACAAAUUAUACAGAAGAGGAGCAAAUGCUUCAGGCAAAAUAUCAAAAAUUGAAGAAAAAGAAAAAGGCGCUACAAGCUUUAAAGGCACCAAAACAAGAGGCUGAGAAACAAUUGAUCCCAAAACGUGCGGUUGAUGCGCGUGAUGCUCGCGAAGUGGCACGGAAAUUGUUUAAGAGUGGUGCGAUUCCUGCCAUUCAAAAGCCACAAAUGAAACAGGAUCAGAUGUCAUUCAAACGGCCGAAGGGACAAGAAAGAAAACGUGUCAUACCAGACUCAAAUGUUGCAUCUUAUCAACCAUUCUCAGCCACACAGGGCUCAGACAGUUUCCAAAGUACCAACAGUGGCACAACGCUGGACAGAGACACAACUCGAGUUCAUAAUUUGUAUCAACAAAUCGCAACCGAAAGAGAUCGAGAGGAACGUGGCCUGAAUGAGAAGAAAGCGAUAGCAGCUGAACCAGCCGCAAUUACGAAUCGCAUCGAAAAACAGCGCACCGGCAAUACGAUAUGCGUAUCGGGCAAUAGUGUGACCGAAGAAUUUUUACGCAAUCAAUUUUUAACGUUUGGCAAAAUUGUUAGCGUAUCGAUGGAAAUUGAAAAGGGUCGCGGUUUCAUAACAUUCAUCAAAACUGAAUCGGCCGAACGGGCCAUCAAUGAUAUGCAUUCGAAGACUGUGUCUGGGAUAUCACUGCAGGUACAAUUGGCACGUAGACAACCACAAAUUGAGGCGAUCAAUUCGGCAUCCUCAUCGGUGGUAUGGUCGACUUUGGCUGCCAGUCAUUCGCAGAAAGGAGGCAGUGCAAAGGACAAGCGGAAGAUGAUCGAAUACGAUGAUUCAGAUAUAUUCAAUUGAAUCCAAAACACAUGCACCAUAGGCUAAGAUUCCAUUUUUAUUAUUCGUGAAUUGUAAGAAUCCAAGAUGAAGAAAAUAUCAAUAAAAAAAAAUUAAUCCAUUAAA